AUGUCAUCAAAUGAAACACAAUUAAAUGUCACGAAGCUUAUUAGCGUGAGAGAAUUUCAACAGCGGCCCCCACGACUGAAAGAAAGAUCUGUUAAGCACUUAAGAAUUGUCGACAAAAAAACUCUGUACGAGAUUUACGAAUUUAAAGAAGAAAUUGGACAUGGAACUUAUGGAACUGUAAUUUCCGCUAUAGAAAAACAAACCUCCAAAAAUUAUGCUAUUAAAAUAGUUAACAAAUUUACGACAGGGGCUAAUCAGUUGCAGGAAGUUUAUUCCGAGAUAAAAAUCCUGAAAUCUGUAGAUCAUCCCAACAUUAUUUGUCUUGAAAGAGUUUAUGAGUCUCCUAGAAAGAUAUACAUGGUUCUUGAAAAAUGUUCGGACAACCUGAGCUCAGUACUGAAACAGGAAAAAUCAUUAACUGAAAAGGUUACAAAGAAGAUUAUUAAACAGCUAGUUAGUGCAGUAUAUUAUUUACACAAAAAUGAUAUAGUACAUAGGGAUAUUAAGUUAGAAAAUAUUUUAUUAGCAAAUAAUCCCUCAGAUCCAUCGGAUAAAUAUUUUAUCAAAUUAUCGGAUUUUGGCUUAAGUAUAAUUAAAACUGGUGCUGGAAUCCAAGGCAUGCUUAAGGAAUACUGUGGUACUGUCAUCUACAUGGCUCCAGAAAUCUUGCUCCAGCAUUCAUACAGCGAACUUUGCGAUGUAUGGCCCAUAGGCGUAAUCCUGUACCUGUUACUAUUUGGGGAAUUUCCAUUUUUUUCGAGCAACGAAGACGAGCUCUCAAAUAAAAUAUGCAACUCUGCACCCGUGUUCCAAAUUCAAGAUGGAGCAGUUAGUUAUGAGGCAAUCGAUUUAAUAAAGUGCCUUCUCGAGAAGGACCCAGCAAAUCGCAUCACGUCUUUGGAAAUUCUUCAGCACCCUUGGAUGACGGAAAACAAAGUCAAGCAGAAGGACGUGAACGUCUUGGAAUAUAUGAAGAAGUGGAGGAGUGAAAUGAAAAUAUCUAUAGAUGACGAACCACCAGAUUGGAUAUCUAACAUGACGGACAUAGGCAAACGAGGAUCCACAGAAAGCGACGCUUCGUCAACUAAAGCGAAUAAGGAAGUGGAGCCGAUGAAAGUGUGUCUAGCAGCAAGCCAGAACAAACUAAAUCAUUUGAGUAAACGUAAAAACUGCUCCACACCAAUGAUGUAGAAAAAAAACCAUAAUAUCGAUACAUAUUAUUAUAAUUUAAA